AGCUCCAGUUGUUGAUGCUAUUCUUGCUAUGCGAAACCUUCAUCCCGCUCAGAGUGGUGACUUACCUCAGGACGAUCACAGUAUCUCUGAUCGACAUCAACAUUGACUGGAGCUUCUUCAUUGUGUUCAGGAAGAUUAUUGAGUGGUUCGACUUUGCUCAGCCCAGAGAUGACUUCGAUACUAUUGAGAUCAGUUCGGGGAGCUCACUCAUCAACCUUAGCACUCUUGUCUGCAUGUUCAUUCUAUACAUCAUCAUCCACUUCAUGUUGUGGGGCAUCAGAAAGUGAGUGGGCAAAUCUAAAUAAAUUCUGAGCUCGAUUUAUCAACAAAGCUUAUAGUAGCUUUACAUUCAGAAUGUAUGUAAUCCUGAUCUUUGAAGCAAUCAUAGAAAUUUGUCUGUGCUCGUUCUCUGAGCUAGAACGGUACAAAGUCAAUACAACUGGGCCUGAGCGGAACUCAUUCUAUUUUGCUGUCUUCUUUUCCUUGAUAUGUCCUGUUGUUAUUUUCACAGUCCUAGCAGUAUGGCUUUUUAUAAAACCAGAGAAAUCAAACAUGAAAAGGUUCCUCCAGAGAGAACUUUAUGAGGGAAUCAAGCCAAACAGAUGAGCCAGGCUUCAACCAAUAUUGUUCCUGGUCAGGAGAGCAGUCCUUUGAUUCAUGAUAGCCUUCGGUAGAUCACUUGAUAGACUUAUGUUCAUGGGACUGUACUCCCUGACCAAUUUUAUUCAUUGAGGGCUGAUCUGAUGCAUCAGGCCAUUCAAGAAUGUGUCUGAGAAUAUCACAGAAGUUGGAAACGAAAUGUUUAUGGCCAUUUUCUGUUUGUUCUUGCAGUUCCAUCGCUCAAAAAGUGAUUGGAGUACUACCAAGACAACUAUUUUCUACUGGACUUUAGUCUUGAACAACAUCUUGUAUGUAUCAUUCUCAAUAGCUGUAUUCAUCUACACUCUCUGUAUCUACAAGAAGAAGUCAAAGAAAGGAUUGGAGGAUGCUGUCAAGAAGAUCUCUCCAAAGAAGACCAUGGAAAUGCAACAAAACAUUCCUAGAUAUUUACGCAAGCUGAAACAGAAUGUUGAUCCCUGUAAUUUCAAGCGCAGGAACAUCGAUGUUCCUGCAGAAAGUUCAAACUCAUGUGUGUCAAAUCCAAGUAAUGCAAACUUGAAUAGAAAUUCAGUCAUGUUUUAAAACUAGAGUUUUACACUGGCAUGAGCGAACUACAGAGCCAUAAAGAGAACAUCGGACUCUUCAGUGUUCAUCAAUGAUGUCCAAUGAUGAUACAUGAGUUUAGAUUUGAUGUUUCUAUUCCUUAUAGCUCGUAGUCUCGG